AUACCUUCUUCGUCUUCUUUGUAACGUCACUACAACGGAACAUGAAAUCAGCUCCGGCAGUAAUGAUGUUCCUAACUUUUCUACAGUACCUUCCUUAUAUUGUCCUCGAGAUCCCUCAUCUCUCCAGGAGUGUAAAGAUGAUUGUGUCUUUACUUCCGCUUUCGGGUUCUUCCAUCGGAUUGGUAACAAUCGCCGAGUGGGAAAAGAUUGGGCUCGGAGCAAAGUGGAACAACUUAGGGGACAGUCUGAGCGUUCUUACAGCAUUUUCAAUAUCUGACGUGAUGCUUAUGCUCUUAGUCGACAUUUUCAUCUACGGAUUCCUUACUUGGUACAUUGAAAACGUGUUUCCUGGAGAAUUCGGAGUUCCAAACAAACCGUUCUUCUUUUUAACAAAAAAUUACUGGUUCGGAAAUAAACAAACAUCAAAUGACGCGGAUCGUCAAACUGAGGACAUACCACUUCUCCCAACCUAG